AAGUCCGUGUCUGUGGAAUGGAACAAUGUUAAAAUCGAGCUUCUAAACAAUAUAUGGAAAUCAGCUCAUCUCAAUGCGUACGUAAUAAUUGGAAAUAAAGUUAAAUUACCUAUCGUGAGUUAGUGAUUGAAACUGCGACGAAAUAAAGUGUCUUAAGGUUUCGAAUAACGAACAAGUCGUGAUAGCAUCGGCGUCGUGUCAAGUCAACCGUCAACUACGGUCGUUAUAUAUUUUGUACCUAUACAUUUUGUGGCGGCAUGUUAUGUUCGAGGUAAAACACAGUCAUGACGCCGUUGGAAGCAAUGUUUACUUCGAUCACGUGAAGUUGGCGCGGAAAUGCAGCUAAACAAUUUUUCGUUUUAAGUUUGCAUUCAACAUGGAUACGCUUUCUGAUAUGAUGGAGCCCGCCACCCCAGUGUUAUCUUGCGAUGGUGUCAACUAUUGUAGAACUGAAGACAGUGGAUACCAUACUUUUACUCCUGGCUCCAUCGACUUUUCAGAAUUGUCAUCUGAGAAUGUGGAUCCUGUUAUAGUCCAAGCAUCUGUAUGUGAUGGUAAAGGGAAUCAUCACAGAUUUCAUAACAAUACUCCUGAACCAUGUUACGAUCUGACCAAUUUCUCAGAUAAUGGUGAACCAGGGAGGUUCAAGAGAAGAGGUGUGAAACGCCCAUAUCCAAGUGAUAUAGAACCCAAUGUCGGCUUUGGAUCUGUUCCAACUCCAACAAGUAUAAUAGCUAGUCAAAUACAGAAGUUAAAAGUAAAUGAAUCUGGAAACUACAGUGGCAACUAUACAAUCUCACCAAUCAGCUCUGAUUACACUGAUGCCAGUAGUAUCUAUAACUUCAAUGCAUAUUCAUGGUCAUUCCCAUCUACACCCGUAAAGAAAAUAUGCAAAAGCAGCUGCAAGUUAAACAGGAUAAGAUCUAACCACAAGUCCAGUCCAUUGAGGCCAUUGAAUAGUAAUAAUCAGCAGCCUAAAAAGUUUGCUAGACAACUUGACUUUGAAACACACUCGUUGGCCUGUGAGCCGCAGAGUCUGAUAGUAGUCACUAUCCCACCACCAAGUCCUGCUGCUCCAGUACUCUAUAAACCCAAUCAGAAGAUUGAUAUCAUCCAGCUCUUAAGUGAGCGAGUCUGUUCAAUACCAGUUAUUGAUACUAUUUUGAGUUUUAUGUCACCAGUAGAUAUUUUCAACUUUUCAUUGGUCAGCCCAACAUGGUCUCGGGUUUGCGCGGAUUCAUUAGCAGGCAGAGAAAAGUUGAAGACUUAUUUGAGAUUGUCUAAGGAGAACCAAGAGAAUAUAAGAAGUAGCCCUAAGAUUAACAUUAUUGAUACCAGAAGAAAACUUAGGGACAUACACAAUAUUGAACAUGUUCAAACUACACCAAGCUCUCCAAGAAGCCCUCCAACUUCUCCUCGGUCCAUGAGAUUCAAAACAUUUGCUCGGUCAGCAUCUCUGGAUGUGUGCAUUCAACUGUCCUGUGUACGGUGUCAACAGCCAGCUAAAGUGACAAAAGACCCUUCUGGCGAGAUUUGGGCAGCAUGCACAAGAGCAACUUGCGCAUACCAGUUCUGCAAGCUUUGCUCCUGCAAUCGCCAUCCAGGUAAGAGCUGUAUUCGUUUUGGCCUUGAAGGACCUAGCCCGUCUAAAAGGAAAAAGAAAACUUGUGCUGCGGGAUCUAGACAAAGUAAGACCAACCUGCGCAGGCUUCUCAUCAAAUGAGACUUGGUGGUUAAACUUAUUUGAUAAUGUGUGCUACUUAUAGUUGAUAGUGUCUACGAAAAUGUAAGCUGGAUGCGUAGGGGGCCAAUUCGUUUUAGUAUGUAUUGAGAUUAUUUUUCAAAAAAUUCCCAGUGUUAGGUGUUGUGCCAUUUUUAUACAACUUUUUAUUUGAAUUAUUCUCGUUUUUAAUAUGUUUGGCUAUGGCUAAUAUUAUACAUGAAAAAGAAAAUUAGCUGUAACUUUGUGUGCGUAACAUAGAGUAUAAACUUUUGAACAUUCUUUUUAUGAGCCCUACAUUCCAAAAUGACAUUAUAAUGUUAAAUUUCAAGUAUAAGGAAAAACUCUGGAAGUUAAACGAUAGACUGAAAUAUUAAUGCCAUGUUAAAGUAAUUUACAAUUUAUAAGUUUGUUUUAAUUUAGAAAUAAUAUAUUGACUCUUAAUGUUGCCUUUAGAAGGAGAUAGUGCCUAUGUUGUGUCUGUUAAUGAUAAGCCGAAUUAUGUACCUUCAUGUAAAUGGCAAUUUCCAUUUACUCAUAAUGCCAUAAACUUUGUGCUGAUGGCAAACUUUGGUACUAUAAUUAACAUAAAAUUGGAAACAGUGUAUGAUUUUAUUGAAUAUUGAACAUUGCACUUAGUGAUUUUAUUUUAUGAUCUUGACAUUAUUUCGAAUUUGUUUACUAUUUUUAGUAAAAUCAAACAUUUUGAGCUACAAUUCACUUUAUACCGAAUCCGUAAACUUGAAAAGCUUAAUGUAUAAAUAGAUUUUUGUCCAACAUGAAUGUUUGGGGAAAUUGAAUUAACUACACCACAACAUUCAGAAGUUAUUCUGCAAACUUAAUGGUUGUUAAUCAAUUAUUUAGGUAUGUUCUAAUAUCAGCAUCCAGUCUGUUUAAUAGUGCCAUAUCUUUGCAGUGUAAUGUUUGAGUACGUACCUAACUUUUACUUAAAUAAUUUUGGUGAUCUUCGUGUAAUAGUUAAUUCACAUGUGAUCUAUAUAUUAACCACCCUUUAUAUUAACUUUUUGAGUAUCAGGUACACAACGUAAAAAAAUAACAAUGUAAGGAGGAUGAAUUUACUCAUAAAAACAAGACUGUUCAUAUUACAUCACUACUUUUAACUUUCACUCGAAUUACAUGGACAAAAUGGCAUUUUUAGGUAAUAUAGGUUACAUUUUAAUUAUUGUUAAUUUGGUUUUAUUGCCUUUUAUCACAUUGAUUAUUUGAAUAAUAUUAUUAUGAUUCUCACACAAAAUCCUAAUUACAAUCAAAUAAGUUCUAGUCCUUUAACAUUAUUAAAAUAAUUGUUUCUAAUUUGUUCGUAAUAUUUAAAUGAAUAGUAUUACAUCAAAAGUCAACUUGUUUGCUGGUAAUACUUGAUUUUAGUAAUAACUAUGUUCUGAGGUCAUGUUUUAGUUACCUAAUACUAAAUUUAGAAUUUAGAUACUUACAUUACUUCAUCAUUAAGUCCGAAAGAUUAAGAAAAUCUGGUCUUUCCAUACAUAUAUAUUACUUCGUAAAGACUGGCCUUACGAGCACUACGAAUGGGACCGAUACAUUGGAGUCAAAAUCGCAUUUAGUUACACCAGCGCGCUCAGUCGUGUGGCGAAUUGCGCAGUGUAAAGGCGUCACCAUUGGUGUAAACAAAGUAUAAGCGUAUGCAUACAAUUCCGACCGAACACCGACGUCUUCCCACUGCGCAAUUCGCCACACGACUGAGCGCGCUGGUGUAAUGUAACUAAAUGCGAUUUUGACUCCAAUGUAUCGGCCCCAUUCGUAGUGCUCGUAAGGCUGGUCUUUACGAAGUAAUAAUAUCGCCGCUAUACUUACUCAACCUCGUAUCUGCAACACUCAUUUGAUGACAAAAACACCCGUAUUCCGAAUAAAAGAAAAGCGACAUUUCCAUCAAAUGAUUGUUGCAGAUAUGACGUUAAGUAUAGCGACGAUAUAUAUGUAUGUCUAUGGGUUUUUCAUUUUAGGUACCUAAAAAUAUUUACCAAUUUUUAAACCAAUCAAUUUUUUGAGUUAGGUACUUGAUUUUCCUAGUGAGAUGCAGUGCAGUGCAUAACUAAAAGUUUUAUUAGCAAUUUUUACUAUUUUAUUAUUAAAUUCAAGUACUAUUGCAUAACCUUUUCCCAUAAUUAUACGUAAUGGUAUUGACUGGUACAUACCUCAUUUUAAUUAUAAUUGUAUUUUAUUUAGAAUAGCAUUCAGUAAUUAGUUAUCGCUACUAAGUUACGUAUGUAAUGCUCUUAAUUUUAUUGUCACAAACCAUUACUCAAUGGCAUAGUGUAGAAUUAUCAAUAUUGGUUAUGCAGACAUAAUUACUAUGGGAACAAUUGUGUUUUAACACAUUUUAAAUAAUUUUAAAGACUCAUUUGAUUUUAAUGUAAAUACUUAAUUAUUACAAUUCGGGACGCUUCGAAAGCUCUCUAUUUCUGUGAAUUGAAGUUUUAAAGGUAAAUAAAAACUUGAUAAAA